AUGGUGACAUGUAGAUAUGGAACCACUCUUCCAAAUGAUUCAAGCUGUGCUUCACCUUGCACUUGGGCCACUGUUGAUCCUUCGUCAUUUUUGAUCCAUGGUCCAACUUAUUUGCAAAACAAUCAGAAGGUGAAAGCGACGAGUACAUUGAUGAAACUUGUAGGUGCUGAUUGGUUAUCAUCUAAUAAGCGGGAAGAUGAUCUUGGUGGUCAACCGGGGAGCAUAGUUCAGGAGUAUGCUGCACCAGGUGGUAGAGAUUUUUUUUUCAUUGUUAACAUACAGGUCCCCGUUUUGACGACAUACAAUCUUGCCUUUUAUUAUACGAUGGAUACCCCAUUGGAAAUCAUUCCUUUACUUAAAAGAUUUGUCCAAGGCGACGAUGCAUAUAGGAAUUCAAGGUUCAAGCUCAUCCCAUAUAUAUUGAAAUUCUUGCAGCUCUGA